CCGAAUCUGAUCCCGUAAUGUUGUUUUGCAACGUCAGAUCUUCAAUCUGCAGUCGAUCUCACCGUCCAUUUCUUCUCUGCCCUUUAUCUACUAUUUUUUUUUCCAAGUUUCAGCUCUCCGUCUCUGUUUCACUUUUCUGUGUGCGCUCUCUCCUCUGCCAUGCCUUCUCUACACGACCCAUUUUUGACCCGAUUCGUUUUAGCCCCAGGGGAAUUCUGCUUCGUUUCAGAUCCUACCGUCGUUUCGUUUCUUCCACUUCCGUAAACGAGAAGAGUUCCACUCCCGUUUCUUCUUCUUCAGAUCAGUCUUUUUUUUUUAUUGCCGUUUCGCGUUUCGGGUUUUUUUGGGCUGAAAAGAUCCGAUUCGAUUUUAUUGAAUGGAGGAAAAUGACAACAAGAUGAACAAAACGAUGACGUCACCUAUCGGUAUGUCGGACGUCGUUUUAGGCUGCGUGAUGCCGUACAUCCACGACCCGAAAGACCGGGACGCAGUUUCCCUCGUGUGCCGACGUUGGUACGAGCUCGACGCGUUGACGAGGAAGCACAUAACGAUCGCGCUUUGCUACACGACGAGUCCCGAUCGGUUGCGGCGUCGUUUCCGGCACUUGGAAUCUUUGAAGUUGAAAGGAAAGCCUCGGGCGGCUAUGUUCAAUUUGAUACCUGAGGAUUGGGGAGGGUACGUGACGCCGUGGGUGAAUGAGAUAGCUGAGAAUUUUAAUUGCUUGAAAUCUUUGCAUUUUAGAAGGAUGAUUGUUAGAGAUUCGGAUCUGGAAGUUUUGGCUAGGUCUAGAGGGAAAGUUUUGCAGGUUUUGAAGCUCGAUAAAUGCUCUGGUUUCUCUACUGAUGGUCUCUUGCACGUUGGCCGCUCCUGCCGGCAAUUAAAAACCUUGUUCCUGGAAGAGAGCUCAAUUGUUGAGAAAGAUGGUCAAUGGCUUCAUGAGCUUGCAGUAAAUAACUCAGUUAUGGAGACUUUGAACUUUUAUAUGACAGAUCUGGUCAAAGUGAGUUUUGAAGACCUUGAACUUAUUGCUAGAAAUUGUCGCAACUUGGCCUCUGUGAAGAUUAGCGAUUGUGAAAUUUUGGAUCUUGUUGGUUUCUUUCGCACUGCUGCUGUUUUAGAAGAAUUUUGUGGUGGUUCUUUCAAUGAGCAACCGGAUAGGUACAAUGCUGUAUCAUUCCCCCCAAAGUUAUGCCGUUUGGGCUUAACAUACAUGGGGAAGAAUGAAAUGCCAAUUGUGUUCCCUUUUGCAUCCUUGCUUAAAAAGUUGGAUCUCCUCUAUGCAUUACUUGACACGGAGGACCACUGCUUGUUAAUUCAAAGAUGCCCCAACUUAGAAGUUCUUGAGACAAGGAAUGUUAUUGGAGAUAGAGGAUUAGAAGUUCUUGCUCGAAGUUGUAAGAGACUAAAGAGGCUUAGAAUUGAACGGGGUGCUGAUGAGCAGGGAAUGGAGGAUGAAGAAGGUGUGGUUUCACAAAGAGGAUUAAUGGCUUUAGCUCAGGGAUGCCUUGAAUUGGAAUACUUGGCUGUUUAUGUAUCUGACAUCACCAAUGCAUCAUUGGAAUACAUUGGGACCUACUCAAAAAAUAUGUGUGAUUUUCGCCUAGUCUUGCUUGACCGUGAAGAAAGGAUAACAGAUUUGCCUCUUGAUAAUGGAGUCCGGGCUCUAUUGAGGGGCUGUGAAAAGCUUAGAAGAUUUGCUCUGUAUCUCCGACCUGGUGGUUUGACUGAUGUGGGCCUCAGUUAUAUUGGGCAGUACAGUCCAAAUGUAAGAUGGAUGCUUCUGGGCUAUGUUGGGGAGUCGGAUGCUGGGCUUUUGGAGUUCUCUAAGGGAUGUCCUAGCUUGCAGAAACUAGAAAUGAGGGGUUGUUGCUUCAGUGAGCAUGCACUAGCAGUUACUGUGAUGCAAUUAACUUCCUUGAGGUAUUUGUGGGUGCAAGGAUACAGAGCAUCACAAUCAAGUCGUGAUCUUUUAGCAAUGGCUCGUCCGUUUUGGAAUAUUGAGCUAAUUCCUGCGAGACGAGUAGUUAUGAAUGAUCAGGUUGGGGAGGCUGUUGUGGUUGAGCAUCCGGCUCAUAUACUUGCAUAUUACUCCCUAGCUGGACCAAGAACAGAUUUUCCAGAAACUGUUAUUCCUUUGGAUCCAUUAGUUGCUGCGUAGAGCUGUAAAUAUGACCUAUUUUUCGAAGUGUCCAUUUUUCCCAUCCACGUCCUGUCUAUAAAGUUUCUGCACCUUUUCCUUUCCUUUUUGUUUAGAGGGUUUCCAAUUUGAUAUUUCAUUUUCGAGUUUAUUUCUAGACUUUGUCCUGUAAUAAGAUUGUGUUUUCUUCUGUAAUUUUGAAAGCACUUGCACUCUUGGUGGGCUACUGUUUAUGUCCCUUGUCCCUGGAAAAAGUAGUGAAUGACCCUUAACGGAAUACUUCUGGUAGUGGCAGACAUUGGACGUGUCAUGGCAUUGAUCUCUUUCCUGCAGAGAUUUGUGUGCUGGAGUGUCCUUUGUUUUUGGUGGAAUGAAUGAAAACAAGUUUUUCAGAUGGAACUUGUCCAGCUCUAUGACUGUGAUUGCCUGUGAAAGAUGCCAAAGAAAGCCAUCAGAAUUGGACUUUGGUAGCGGCGAAAGCCUCUGCCGGAGAAAACCUUCAUGCAUGUCAAUAUGUCAUUGAAAAGAGAGCCUCACAGGAACCUUUUUCCCAUGAAAUUUUGUGUUGCAGAUGCACCUGGUAGAAACAGUAAACAAUUUUCCUGACAACAGGAACGUGUUUCCCACCAGUGUAUUGCUGGAAAGUUUUUUGCCAAUGAUAAAUUCAUGAUUUGCUUGAUCCAAGUUCAGGAAGUUGGAAAUUGUUUAUGGCAAUGUAAAAUGACACUUGGGGGCUGGUUUAACAUUAUUGUUAAUUAAUUUCCAUUUUUUCAAAUGUUUCUAAUUCUA